AUUGGAAGGUUGAAACCUGCAAAAGCCACUUCGGGUACAUCUUCCAUUUGUACUGUGAAAAUUUGGACCCUCUAGGUCAAUUUGGAGGGCCUCAUCUAGGCUUUCCUAAACGUCGAAAAACACAUUUGACCCUGGAGAGGGGUCAAAUAGGGUUGGAGGAUUGAAACCUGCAAAAGGCACUUCAGGUACAUCUUCCCAUUUCACUGUGAAAAUUUGGACCCUCUAGGUCAAUUUCGAGAGCCUGUGGGCUUUCCUAAACGUUGGUAGAAAGUUGAAAAACAUGAAAAAUAGCCCAAAAUUUCACUUUUUUGACCCUGGAGAGAGGUCAAAUAGGGUUGGAAGGUUGAAAUCUGCAAUAAUCACUCAUGGGGCACCCUCUCAUUGUGUUCUGCAAAUUUGGACCCCCUAGAUCAAUUUUAGGGGUGAGGGGGUCAAAAAUUAGGGUCAAAUGUGGGGUUUUCCACCUUAAAUGGAGUGGCGAUGACCUAAGAAACUGAAAUUUGGAUUUGUUGAUCACAAUGGGGGUACUAACCAAUGGUAUGAUUUUGUUUUUUUUCGUCCAUUUUGGGUCAUAUUAUGCCUCUCCAAAAAAUGACCUUUCUGUAAUUUUCAACUUUGACCCUCCCCACCGCAAGGUUCAACUCUAACUUUUAAAAGAACCCCAUUUCCCAAGUUUGAUUUCAUUUUGUUAAUUAGAACAGGUUCCAAGCCAUAAAAUGUAAAAAUCACUAAUAUUUAUAGAUUUAAACUUAGUCAUUGUGGUGCCCAUUUGAAGUAUACGUAGUCAUUGUGGUGCCCGGUUUUGGGCACCACAAGGUCUUUUUAUAUAAAAUGAUGUAGAAUUGAAUGAAAUGCACUCUAAGGAGGACACAUUUUUUUGAGGCAUAACGGGCACCAUUACGUAUAUCUAAAACCUUAAACUGCACCAAAACACCUUUAUCAUACAUCAUAUAUAUGUGAUCCUGAUCCUCUAUGUACGUGGGCACCACAAUUACCAUAAAAGACCCGGGCACCACAAGGUACUAAGUAACUAAGUAAAGUGUAUUCAUAUAAAUAUAAAAUCUGGCACACCGGGAAUCGUCUAGUUUGAGCUGAAAACGUCGAGAACUAUCAACAUUUUUGACCCCCCCCCCGACCAUUUUACCCAAAGUUGGGCCUACCGCAAUAGCCAUCAUUUUUUACAAAAAUUUGACUAAAAAUACAGUCUUUGGGCAAUUUUCGGAUAAAAACUGGAACUUUGGAAAUUUUUGCCAACAAACGACAAUUUUGAGUAACUUCUGGCAUGGAGCAACACUUUUAGGUAAUUCGGACAAUAAGUCGAGCUAUUCUGAAAUAGGUAGUUGACAAAAAGUGAAUUGUCCGCAAUUUUAGCUGAGUAUCUAACGCUGUAAAGGCAGUGUAACCAGUUGGAAAAGUACAUACGAACAAAUAUAAAGAAGUGAACAAUUCAAAAUUAACUCCAAGAUUUGGAAAAAUUAAUUUAAAAAUUGAAAAAAAAUAAUAAACAAAAUAACCUAGUACCUAUGUAGGGCCUUGUUCCUACAUUUUAAAUCAAUUUUUGAAAAAAAAUCAAUGAUUCUGUGCCAAAAAAAAAUUGAAGUGAAACACGUUUUUUCAAUUUUUUUCAGCUUGUCUCACCUAGUUUUAGACUUUGGGAAAAUUAUACGUUUAGGUACUUAACCUGAGGUUAUAAAUGUAGGUAAUAGUUCUCUUGAUUCAUCGCAUCUAUUUCAAAGUGAAAUAUUUUUGAAUACCUAGGUAGGUACUUACUUUAAAUUGUGUUUUACAAUUUUUAGUGCAUAAUUUAAACACCGGUUCUUUGGUAAUUACUCCUUCAUACCUACAUAACGAAUAUUUUCUCAUCAUUACACAACCAAAGAAGAAAAAAUACCUACUUAUAAAAAAUUAAAUAAGAAACAUCAACUUCAUAGUGCAAGAAAAAACUUUCAACAAUAAUCAGUAACCUUAGGUAAUUUCAUUCAAUUUGAACAACUUAGUAAGUAGAUACCAUAUAAAAAAAAUUUAAAAAAGAAGAAGGAAAAAAAUGCAAGAGGUAAUUUUCCACGACACCUCAUCAAAAUUCUGCAUUAAAAAAACUACCUACCUAUAAUAAAAAAUUGAAACGACUACCUACCUAAUUAAUUAGUAUAGUACCAAAAAUUUAUGACUGCUUGUAAAAUAGUUGUAACCAUCUGGUUAAGAUGAUGCUUACAAAAUAUCUACUGAAAAUUUUCGACAAACCAAAGUUGUUGUUCCGCUAGCAGGUACCUACCAACAGUUUAUUUAUUCGCAUUUUUUCGUUGUAAACGUUUCGUGCUAAAUUCAUAGUCCUUCAGCUUUUACGACUCGUUGCGAUUUUUUCGUUCAACUUAAUCACUGAUUUGAUCAAUAUAACUUUUCAUUUUGUUGCUCGAGUGGUUUUGUUUUGUGGCGGUUUUUUUCUUUUCAAUAUGAAUGCUGUACAGAUACUAGCUUGUAUAAUGAUAAUCGUGAUUUUGAUUAAACAUCUCCGCAAGUCUAAAAACAAGAGAUUUUACGAAUUGCUCGAACAGUUUUCUUCACAUCCGAGGUAUCCACUGAUUGGAAAUGCACACAUGCUCUUUGGACCCGUAGACGGUUUACUUUCAAGAUUUGAAAAAAUUAUGAAUCUUGAUGAUCGCGUUCUAUACUGGUUUGGUCCGCUACCAUUAUUAUACCUGAAAAAACACGAUGAUAUCGCUGUGGUAUUGAAUCAAAGCUCAGAUCGUGACUUUCUUGGAGUAACAGAUGAGUGGCUGGGUAUGGGGAUAUUAAACGCCAGAUAUGAAGAAUGGAAGACGUCUAGAAAAAUGUUAUCGCCAGCUUUCAGCUCGAAUAUGCUUUUGAAAUAUGCAGAAGUCUUUGAAAAACAUUCCCUUGAAUUCGUUGAAAAUUUAAAACCAGUUGCAAUCAGUGGUGAAGAAAUUGAUGUUUGGAAUUGGUUAACGAAAGCAUCUAUAGACGCAAUUUCAGAAACCUCAUUCGGUGUUUCAAUCCAAACCGGUGGAAAAAUGGGAGAGGCUUUUUGCAUUGCUAUGCAUGAUGCCGUCAACUUCAUGGUGAAACGUUUCCAGUAUCCUUGGCUGAUUUUACCUCGAGUAAAUAUGAUCUAUUUACGCAUGAUUGGUAAAAUUAAUUCAAUCCAUAACGUUCAACAAUAUCCCAACACGGUAUUGAAAAAAAAGAUUGAGGAUUUCCAGAAUCUACAACGUGACAGUAAUAUAUCUGAUCAUAUCGACACAUCCAAAGCAAUAAUCGAUUCACUGGUUCGGUGUAGCUUUAAAAGUGUCAACGUCACCGAAACACGUAUGAGAGAUGAAUUAUUACACAUAAUGGGAGCGGCAAUUGAAACUUCACCAUUGAACACAAGUUUUGUAAUGUUAAUGUUGGCGAUCCAUCAAGAUAUUCAGCAAAAAGCAUACGACGAGGUUUCCAAACUCGAAACUGAUUAUGGCACUUUUGCACCAAACGAUGUCAUCAAUAGUAUGCCAUAUUUGGAUCAAUGCAUCAAAGAAACAUUACGAAUGUUUAGUCCUGUGAUAAUAACAACCAGACGCAUCCAUAAGGAUAUUAUGUUGAAAGAUAACAAGAUAAUUCCAGCAAAUGCAUUUGUCGGGACGUUCAUACAUUUUGCAAAUUACGAUCCUGAAUUAUAUAAAAAUCCGGAGAAAUUCGAUCCUGAUCACUUUAGUAAGGAGGCAGUUGAAGCACGACCUAAAACAAGCCAACUGAGUUUUGGAUAUGGAUCAAGAUCUUGCAUAGGUGGUAAGUACGCGAUGUUAUUCAACAAAAUGCUAGUAGCUUACAUUCUACGCGAUUAUCAUUUAUCAACCAGUGUCAAAGAGUUUACAAGAGAACACAUCAAAAUGGACCUCAGCAUCAAAAGUAAAAUCGGCUACCCCAUAAAAUUUACAAGCAGGUGAAAAGUCCAGCAAUGAGAAAAACAUAAAUAAGUAUACCAUAAAGAAUGAUUUGCUGAAGUGUGAUUUGGUUUUUGUGCAUUAUUCAUUGUAUUAUUGAAAGUGAUGUCCAUUAUAAUGUUCUACGAGA